CACUUGUUAGCAUUUGCUCCGAACUGCACCAAAUAUUUGUGAUUACUUUGAAUCCAGUGUCAAGUCAACUUUCUAAAAACAAAAAUGUUCUCCAUCAACAAAUCGACCGUUGCCUUUGUUUUCAUCGCUGUUGUUCUGAUCUCGGUGUUUUCGUCGACCGUUGAAGGCAUACCAUCCAUUGGACACUACGGCAAACGCUUUGACACCAUGUCCGGCAUCGAUUUCAUUCAGAUCUGCCUCAACAACUGCGCGCAAUGUAAGAAAAUGUUUGGUGACUACUUUCAAGGUCAGACCUGCGCCGAGUCCUGUCUUAAAUUCAAGGGCAAAGCCAUUCCAGACUGCGAGGACAUCGGCUCUAUUGCACCCUUUCUCAACGCACUCGAAUAAAGAGUGAGACCGCGACUGCAUCCGCUUCGCUGCCACCGCCAUAACUUGCUCUCUAAGCCGCUGACUUCUGUGCUGCACGCCGCCACUGCUCACCUUACACUGUUUCGUGUUAAAAUCAUGAGCUUGACUGCGUAUUUAAAGUAUUUUUGUAUAUAAUUUUGUGUGUAUUGAACUUUGACUUGAAACGUUUGCGUGACGUACUCGUCUAAUUUAGGUCAUUGCCAAUAUGACCGCCAGCAAACGCGCAAACUAUACCACCGAACAUAAAUUCGCUUAUUUAUUUUUAAUUUAUUGUGAUUUGCAUAUUUUAUUGAAGUUAUUUGAUAUGCGAAAUGAACUCAUCGAAAAUAAUUAAUAUGGUGAAAGCUGUGACGACCUCAUGUGGAUCCAUGAGGAUAUAAGAAUGACCCACUGAAAUAGUUCUGAGACACGCGGUAUCAUAAAGUUCCUAAGUAAAUAAUUUGUGGUAUUAUAUUUACAUAUGUAGUUUAGUAGUCCCAAUUUGUAGUUCCAUUUAUAAUAUAUAAAUGUAAACGCAUAAAUGCGCAUGCAUACUUCUUUGGAUA